AUGACGUUUAUGCCUUGCGCAAAUGCUGAUGGUUCGUACAAACUUCCACUUAUGCUGAUUAGAAAGUCAAAACGACCGCGAGCACUGAAGAACGUCCGUGAGCUGCCCGUAUACUAUGCUUCUUCCAAAAAUGCCUGGAUGACCCGACAGUUAUUUAAGGAUUGGUUUUUCAAUGAGUUUGUCCCCAAAGUCACGGCAUUUUUGGAAGGUGCUAACCUGCCGGUAACGGCCCGCUUAGUUUUGGACUCUACGACGUUUCUACCACCAAACACCAUAGCCUUGUUACAACCAAUGGACCAAAACGUUAUCCAGAUGGUCAAGUCCAACUACAAGCAAAAGCUUAUGUGUGAGCUUCUUGGACGCCAAGGAGAAUUCGAUGACAUGGUGAAGCGAAUUGACAUCAAGGAUGCUAUGUUUUGGGUAGCCGAGGCCUGGGACGGGGUACCGGCUGAAUCCAUUGCUAAGUCUUGGAAGUUGCUGUACCCAGAAACAGAAUUCGAUGAUGACGAUGACAUUCCGUUGUCGGUUGAAGAGGACAUGGAGUUUGACGUCCUGAACGACGAUGAUAUUGUAAACGUCGUUUUGAACCCAAACACAUCGUUUUACGAUGGCAAAAAUACGGUUUCAACUGUCGAAGGGGAAAAUGCGUUAUCAGUGUUGGAACCGCAUCAGAAUGAUAUGGAUGACGAAGCUGGAAGCUCUGUUUCACAUGAAACAGCUUUAUCUGGAAUCGAUCAAGUAAUUACUUGGGCAGAGGAGAAUGGACUACCAUUGGAAUGCCAGUUCCUGCUGCGAGAAGUACGUGGAAAUGUUCUAGAGAAAACCAUGGAUUCACGAAAUGUUAAUGUUUAA